GAUGCGGUUGCAUUCGCCGACUUGGGUCAGCUUCUUACUCUCAACAUACUCGCUCCUCACACCUACCACAAUCGCUCACCCCACAUCACCACAUCUCUCCCGCCGAGCAAACAACGACCCCGGCAUCGGCGUUGAGCUCGAAUGGCGCGGCGGCUCAAUCAAAAAUGACGACCCGCGGGCCAUGGCAGCCAAAGACGACAAAAAGGCGUUAGAAAAGGUCAAGGGAUCUACCAUCAAAGUCGACGGAAAGAAAACCUUCACCGAACAGUGGAAGCUGACUGCGGAGCACUCCCCCGAUAUCGAUAACUUCGGACUGAAGAAUCUGAUAUACGAGUGGAUUGUGCUUGGUGAGGUCGUCAAGCUGAAGAAGGACAGCCUCGUGUUGCCGAAGAUUGCAGAGGAAAUCACAAAGGGACUGGAAGACUGGAAUCCCAAAGACAAAGACCCCGUCGAGAUUGAUGGCAUGGCUGAAAAGGACUGGGGGAAGUGGAGUGUCGAUAAACCGAAGACCUACAGCAACGGACUCGUCAACUUUGGCAUCCAAGUCACGGCGCCUAUGCCCCUCUCUGCCAUUCUAGACCUCUUGAAAAUGGUGAAGUCAAGUGACAAGUCGAACCCCUUCUGGCCUGGAAAGACAAAGACAGCCGUUGUGAUCGACAAUAACGACAUUGAGAAGUUGGGCGUGUUCAAGAAGGAAGACAUCAACGACGACUUUCUAGGCUUCUUCUCUUUAGUCAUGUCGUAUGCAAAGGCUGCUCAUACUACUGGCAGUGCGAUGAAAACCAACGGUCCCAAGCAACUCCUCAACUACAUGACCAGGACCGAUUUUGGAACGCUUUACAAGAUGUACGUCAAAGACGCUAUGGACGACUCUCGUUGCCGCAAUGGCAAGAAGAAGGAAGAGCUCAGUCUGUUCUCUGUUGCAAGAGAUUUAGGGAAGAAGGUUGGGCUUAGCGAGAAGGACCUCAUUGGUCUUGAGUUUAUGUGGGAGGCUCCUCGUCCUGCCGAUAUUGCGCCUGAAGAUAAGGAAGAAACGCCCGCUGACCCACCCAGCAGUGGAGGUGCACCACCACCACCACCUCCCCCUCCUCCGCCUCCUCCACCACCGCCAAAGGCUGCCCGUAGCCUGAGCAAGAGAGCCUUCAACACCAAGCCCAGAUGGACAACCAGGGCAAAGGACAUUGCAAGCGGUAAGAUUAAGUUCAAGACAUGGCUAGAGGAGCUCGACGACAACAGCAAUGACAUUCUCUCCAUCAUGGACAACCUCAUCUGGGACAAGCAGAUUGGCAAGCUCGGCGAACGAACUGAAGACAACCUGUACAACUCUGCGCAAAAGCUACCCAUCUUUGAGAUGCGCGACCUCGAAGGGCAAAGUAUUGAUGCCGUGGGAAAACGCCUCGGUGCCAUUGAAGAGAAGGUCAGGAAGUACCACGAGACAGCCUCGAAGUCGCUCAAGAAACGAGCGGGUAACAAAGGCAACUCGGGUGCUGCCUGCAAACUUCCUUCAGAUUGCAAGGGAAAUCAAGCUCCCAACGCCAACGGGAAAUGCGAGGACUGCGGCAAAGGCAAGAAAGCGACCGGCGGCAACAAAGCCUGUGUAUGGGAAGAAUCCGGCUGCUCGCUCGACGAAAUCUCCAAGAACGACAAAUGUGAAAAAUGUCCCAAGGACCAGAUUCCCAACGCAACCGGCAAAGCGUGCACAUCCAAGGACAAGCAAGACCCCAAGGAGAAGGGCCAGUGCCCGACUGAUCAGAUUCUCGAUCCCGUCGAGGGAGGUCAGAACAAGGAUACCAAGAACCCGGUCUGCAUCUCCGACGACGAUAAGAAAUGCCCGUCCGGCCAAGUCGCAGAAACCCGCCGCGGCUCCAAGGUCAAGAACGAGACAGACUACAAACCCACCUGCGGCGAGCUCGACCCCGCCGACGAAGACUUCACCUGCGACGAUCCCGAGACUUUCCACCACAAAGAAAAACCCGUCUCGGGCCGCAACAAGAAAAUUAAGCACAGCUGCCGCGCGACCCGCACAGCCGAAGAGAAGAAGCGCAAAAAGUACGACGAGCGCGUCAAAUCGUCCGCCGAGGGCAAAAAGAAGAAAGACUCCGUCGACCGCGUCAACAAGCGCCGCGCAAGGAUGGGAUCGUGCUGGGUCGCCAUGGCGGCGGGCGCCAUGUGGGAAGUCGACGAAAUGGCCAAGCUCUCCGACGACGAGAUCGCGGGCAUGCUCGACCUGUGGCCCGACGAUAAAAUGCGCGAACCCCUCGAGGACGGCACCAUCCCGGACCACGUCAUCAGCCUGACCCGCACACGCAUGUCUGCCAUCGAACUCGGCCUCGUAGGAAACCAAGACACAGCCGGCUUCCCCAACUUUGUCAAAAUUUUCGGCAGCGUGGGGAAAACCGGUAGCACCGCCGCAAAAGUCGGCGCAAAGUACUCGACCAAACUCAAAAAGGGGUCCCUGGGCGCGGCAUCUGCAAAAGCUUUAUCUGCGGCAAAAGCCUCAAAGACGGUCGGCAAAGUCCUAAAGGAUAAACGGUUCCUGGAUUGUCUGGCUACGACGGCCGAAGUGACGGCGAGCAUGGCCGAGAAGGUCGGAGCGGAGGGUCCUCGGGACCAGCAGAAUCUCAAAAUCGAAGACGACUGGACGCAAAUGUACGGCCUCGAAAUCGACUGGUCGCGCAAACCCGUCGGCCGUCUCGCCCCUGAACGCGAUCCCGCCAUGAAAAUCCACUUCGGCACUGACGAAGACUGGAACACCAACGGCUACGGGGAUCGCCGCAACAAGGAGAUGAUGGUGUUUCCCGACCAGUAUGUCCGCGAGUACGAUCCUAGACUGGUGUAUGAAGGGUGUCAGGAGACGCCCAAGGACUUCAACGAUAAGAUCAAGAGCAUGGAUGUGCAGAACGGGUGUUGUGCGUUCUACGAUGGGCUGCAGUGCGAGGCCGAUGGAAUUCUGUUUUCCAUGGAUCGCAGGCAGCAUGGGGAUUUGCAGGGGAAAGAUCGCACGAGUAUUAGUAGCUGGUGGUGUACUUAUGAGGGUGGGUGCAAAGGUGCGCCGGGCAUGUGAUGAUGCUUUCUGAAUUUUUAUCAUCUUCUGAUAGAGACCCUUUCCUUGUUUUUCCUUUUUCGAUUCUUACAUUUCCGCUUUUAAAUAGAUGUUAUUGUUUUUCAGGUUCCGAGUUCUUACGAGGAAUACACACAAUGGCUAAAGUCCAAUC